GAUUCCGCUGAAAUCGGCGCAUACUUCGUGUUUGAAUAUUUUCUCCAAAUUUACACAUUUCUGCAUAUUUUAGGUUUUUAUUUUUGUUCUGAAUCGAUCGCAAGAACCAUGCCAACCAUUGAAAACGAGAACCCAGAGACGGAAGAGGAAGAAAUGGAGCAGGAUUCGCCGGAGUUGAACAGCUCUGAUGACGAGUCGGAUGGCGAAGGUUCGGCGGCGGAAAGCAGCGAUAUUGAGUUGGUAGAUGAAGAAGAAUGUUCACGCAGAAGAAAUGAAUGCUUAGAUGAUAUGAUUGAACUUGAAAGACAAUUUUCAGACAUUCGUGAACAACUAUACAAGGAAAGGUUAAACCAGAUAGAGUCAAAGCUUGAAGAAUUGCAUGCUGGGAGAGCUGUAGAAUAUUUGGAGCCACUAAGACAGUUACAGGAACAAAUGCAUGUUCGCACACAAGUAGCAGGUAUUUUGAGAGAACUGCGUAUCAAAGCAUGUCAGACCAAACAUGAAAGUGAAGAGUUAGCAGCUAAUCAGCACAUGAGGAGUGAAAAGAUGUUGUUGUUUGACUCAAUCAAGUCUGAACUAGAAGAGAAAAUAAGAAGGUUAGAGGAAGACAGGCAUAAUAUAGAUAUUUCAUCAGAUUUAUGGAAUGAAAGUCAGUCACAAAAGAAGAAUAAAAGAAAAACAGAUCCUUUCAACCCAGAUCGUCGACGAAAACCUGUCACGGUGACUGGACCUUACCUUGUAUAUAUGUUGAAAGAUGUAGAUAUUAUAGAUGACUGGACGGCUAUUAAAAAGGCUUUAAAACAACAGCAGCAACAGCAACAUUUACAAAAGAGAAGACCAGAAUAUAAACAGACGAUACAAGUAAGAUGAGGGGAAGCUAAAAGGUGCUAUAGAUGUCAAUGUGUUCUUCGUGUGUGAUGAAUGAUCAGUGUGUUAAGGAGUACAUGACAUUUCCAUGAAAUGACAGACAAGAGUUGUAGGCAGUGACUAACCUACAAAACUGAUAUAAAAAAGUAGUGAGAUUUUGUAACACUCACAGUGACACAGUGUGUUAUAUGAACAUGAAAUUAGUUGAGAUACAUUCUGGAUUUAGAAUUGGGCUGUUAUAGAUUGAAAACUGGCGAAUAUUUAUACUAUCUUGAUAUGUCAUUGUGUAGAACUUUUAUGACAUUGGGGAGAUUUUGUGUGAAGUAGCCUAGAAACUUCAGAAUGGUAUCUCGAGGCCCUUGGUUCAAGUUUCGAUCUUGAUGCACAUUUUGCCACCCUGUGACGUGUCACCUUAUUCUAACUCAAAAAUAUCACAAGAAGAAACUACAUUCACUUCAUUAUAUUUUGUUUCAAUUGUAUCCAAAUGUUUGUAAUUACAGUCAAACUUACUUGACUCGAACUUGACGGGUACGGUAAAGUUUGUUCAAGGUAUCAUUAGUUCCAGCGAUCCAACAGUUAACAUUAUACAGGGAUUUUGCUGAGACUUGACAAUUAAUACGAGGAAAAGGCAGUAUUCAAAUUAUCCGAGUUAACAAUAGUUUGUAAAUCUGACAGCCGUUCUUAUUUUGUUAAAAAAUGUAAAUCUUGGUUUCUAGAAACCUUUGGUCAGUUGCACCAUUAAAAGGAUUUUUUUUAGAAACAUUUAUCAAGUGUGAAUAAAGAAAUGGUAUUUGUAAUGAAUCUUUUCAUAUUAACAGAAAGUAGAUUUUGGUGCAUUGUGUAUCAGUGGCAGUUGUCACUUCCUUAAAUGUAUCUUUAUUAUUAUUUUAAUAAUUGUAUUAUGUGACUUCAUCUCAAAGCAUAGACAGGAUAAGAAUUUUUAAUUGUGAAAUUAGCUGUUAUGGUAGGUUGCAUGUUUGAAAUAUUAUUUUACGACAUAGAAGUUUCAAUUUAAUCAUACGUUUUCAAAGCACCAUUUUAUCCAGUGGAAAUCCAGCUAAUAAAAAGGAUAGGGCUGUUUGCUUAAUUUUUUGUUAAAUUAAUUUGAAAACUUUGGUCCUUUGAUCAGUUUUCAUAACGAACUGUGCUACUUAUUUUAUAAUUUUAUAAAUGUUUAAUACUGUACUUUGUAUUAUUUUGAAUUAUUUUAUCUAUUGUCAAAAUUAACCUUAAGAAAGAUGGUUGUGCCGACUAUUUGAUACUUAAAAGAUACAUGUAUAACAGAUUCUCAGCAAUAUUUAUGCUACACGUGUAACAGCUACUGGGCAUUAUUCAAGGUUUCAGGACUGUCACUUCUGGUUAAUAAAACAUGCAGAACUACCUUAAAUGUGAAGUUUUAAAGGGGCACACCUUCAGAUUUAUGUUUUAGAAAAAAGACUUACAAUUGUUACAGAUUACUUCUUAAGGCACUGACCUCAAGAUUUUGACUAAAAAUGAUCUUUUUAGCUCACCUGUCACAUAGUGACAAGGUGAGCUUUUGUGAUCACGCAGCGUCCGUCGUCCGUCGUCCGUGCGUGGGUGCGUCCGUCAGUCCGUCCGUAAACUUUUGCUUGUGACCAUUCUAGAGGUCACAUUUUUUGUGGGAUCUUUAUGAAAGUUAGUCAGAAUGUUCAUCUUGAUGAUAUCUAGGUCAAGUUCGAAACUGGGUUACGUGCCAUCAAAAACUAGGUCAGUAGGUCUAAAAAUAGAAAAACCUUGUGACCUCUCUAGAGGCCAUAUAUUUCACAAGAUCUUCAUGAAAAUUGGUCAGAAUGUUUACCUUGAUGAUAUCUAGGUCAAGUUCGAAACUGGGUCACGUGCCAUCAAAAACUAGGUCAGUAGGUCUAAAAAUAGAAAAACCUUGUGACCUCUCUAGAGGCCAUAUAUUUCAUGAGAUCUUCAUGAAAAUUGGUCAGAACGUUCACCUUGAUGAUGUCUAGUUCAAGUUCGAAUCUGGGUCACGUGCCGUCAAAAACUAGGUCAGUAGGUCAAAUAAUAGAAAAACCUUGUGACCUCUCUUAAGGCCAUAUUUUCAUGGGAUCUGUAUGAAUGUUGGUCUGAAUGUUCAUCUUGAUGAUAUCUAGGUCAAGUUCGAAACUGGGUCACGUGCGGUCAAAAACUAGGUCAGUAGGUCUAAAAAUAGAAAAACCUUGUGACCUCUCUAGAGGCCAUAUAUUUCAUGAGAUCUUCAUGAAAAUUGGUCAGAAUGUUCACCUUGAUGAUUUGUAGGUCAAGUUUGAAAGUGGGUCACGUGCCUUCAAAAACUAGGUCAGUAGGUCAAAUAAUAAAAAACCUUGUGACCUCUCUAGAGGCCAUAUUUUUCAUGGGAUCUGUAUGAAAGUUGGUCUGAAUGUUCAUCUUGAUGAUAUCUAGGUCAAGUUCGAAAGUGGUUCACGUGCCUUCAAAAACUAGGUCAGUAAGUCAGAUAAUAGAAAAACCUUGUGACUUUCUAAAGGCCAUAUUUUUCAUGGUAUCUGUAUGAAAGUUGGUCUGAAUUUUCAUCUUGAUGAUAUCUAGGUCAAAUUCGAAACAUGGUCAUGUGCAGUCAAAAACUAGGUCAGUAGGUCUAAAAAUAGAAAAACCUUGUGACCUCUCUAGAGGCCAUACUUUUGAAUGGAUCUCCAUAAAAAUUGGUCAGAAUGUUCAUCUUGAUGAUAUCUAGGUCAAGUUUGAAACUGGGUCAAAAAGUAGGUCAGUAGAUCAAAUAAUGAAAAAACGUAGUGACCUCUCUAGAGGCCAUAUUUUUCAUGGGAUCUGUAUGAAAUGUGGUCUGAAUGUUUAUCUUGAUGAUAUAUAGGUCAAAUUUGAAACUGGGUCAACUGCGAUCAAAAACUAGGUCAGUAGGUCUUGAAAUAGAAAAACCUUGUGACCUCUCUAGAGGCCAUACCCUUGAAUGGAUCUUGAUGAAAAUUGGUCAGAAUGUUCACCUUGAUGAUAUCUAGGUCAAGUUUGAAACGGGGUCACGUGCCUUAAAAAACUAGGUCAGUAGGUCAAAUAAUAAAAAAACCUUGUGUCCUCCCUAGAGGCCAUACUUUUCAUGGGAUCUGUAUGAAAGUUGGUCUGAAUGUUCAUCUUGAUGAUAUCUAGGUCAGGUUUGAAACUGGGUCAGCUGCGGUCAAAAACUAGGUCAGUAGGUCUAAAAUUAGAAAAAUCUUUUGACCUCUCUAGAGGCCAUAUUUUUCAUGAGAUCUUCAUGAAAAUUAGUGAGAAUGUUUACCUUGAUGAUAUCUAGGUAAAGUUCAAAACAGGGUCACGUACCUUCAAAAACUAGGUCAAUAGGUCAAAUAAUAGAAAAACCUUGUGACCUCUCUAGAGACCAUAUUUUUCAGUGGAUCUUCAUGAAAAUUGGUCAGAAUUUUUAUCUUGAUAAUAUCUAGGUCAAGUUCAAAACUGGGUCACAUGAGCUCAGAAACUAGGUCACUAUGUCAAAUAAUAGAAAAAAACGACGUCAUACUCAAAACUGGGUCAUGUGGGAAGAGGUGAGCGAUUCAGGACCAUCAUGGUCCUCUUGUUUUAAAAUUGAAGUUCGGUCAUAUUAUCAACAUUACAGUGCGAGUUUUUGUUUCUAAACUAUCUUAAAAAUUUCAGAUCAUGAAAAAAAUAGCUGUGUCAGGAAUCGAAACCCAGGCUGCCGCAAAAAUAAAAACAUUCCCGCUGUCUUUACCAAUACACCACAGAGGAAUAUGUAUUUAAUGAUCAUUAUAUGUAGAUGUUUACAAUCAAGGCAGUUUACCUCGAGUACAGCGUUUCAAACUCAUUUCAAUUUUCAGUGUAAAAGUUACUGUAACAACUAAUUUUCAUGUGUUUCCACAACAUAUAGUCUGUCAGUAAUUAAGUUUCAAAGCUUUAUUAAGAAAUAUAGCAUUAAUUUCAUGACGCCUAUAACCUAAAAUUUUUCUUUUUUUGUUGUCAUACGAUCUGGAGGCCAGUGCCUUAAAAGUAGUCAGUCUUAAUUAAGCAACAUUUCUGUUGUAGAAGUAUUUAACAGUAAUACCCAUUACAUAGAGUUUUAAAGCCCUAUUAGAAAUGUUUUAUGAAAUUUUGUAAUUACCUCCCCUUACUAUGAAAGUAUUUAACAAGCUGACUAUUUCUUUUGAUUUCACUAUAAUUUCUAGUUUUACAGUUGCAUUUCUUAGAUAUUGGGAUAUUUCAACCAUAUGAAUGAAAAGCCAAGUUUUCAAAUGGCAUGUAGCUUCAGAAUUUGAUUUUAUUUUCAGUCUUUCUUGGUUGCGAAACCAAGAUAGGCAGAAGGAGCUAAUGAUAAUAAUAUACACUUACAUUUCAAAUGAAUAUAAAUAUAUAACUGUAAAUGCAAUUCAUUGACACUUUGUAUAUCCAUAUCAUUCCUAAGGAAUGUAUGUUUAUUAAAUUUAUACUUGCGCUAAAUAUCUCAAACUUGGUUUAGCAACUGGGAUAGGAAGAAUCAGAUGUUUAAAAAAAACGGUUAAACCUCCAGUGAAAAUCUAACUUGAAGCUAGCACUCUGUGAAUACAACAUAGUGUAAAUGUUAAAGUUUCAAAUAAAUAUGAUCCUUGAUGAAAAUAAGAUUAACCUCCUUUAACUAAAAUAAUAUAUAUAUUUUAUGAGAAAUUUGGUACCAGUAUUUCAUAGAUAAUGCUCUGUGGAAAGAAAAGUUGUGAUGUUCACCUGAAUGCAUGCCCCUUUAUAACUUAUACCAACAUUUAAUAAAAACAGAAGAAAUUAUGAAUAACAUUAUUUGGUACAUCUUGAUUUUAAUAUGCCUAAAGGGACGUAUUAUGUAAUGCCGCUGAUGUCCGUCCGUUCGUUAGCAAUUUCGUGUCUGCUCUGUAACUGUUGAACUGCUUGAAGGAUUUCAAAGAAACUUGGCACAAAUGAGACGACGUGCAGAGCACGUGUUCCGGAUGACUUGCUUCAAGGUCAGCGUCACACUUACGGGUCAAAGGUCAUAUAUGACUGCUUUGUGUUUAUUGCUCUGCAUUGCAGUGCUCUUGUUUUUAUUUGGCAGAUCCCUCUUUUGUUCACUUACAGUAAAUUUUUUAUGCCCCCGAAGGGAGGCAUAUUAGUUUUCAACUGUCCGUCCGUUCAUUCAUUCGUUCGUCACAACGUUAACUUCUUGCAUGAAGGCACUUUACUCGCGAACCACUGCACCCAGGACCUUCAAAACGUCACAUGCUGAUAGUACUUAUUGAGUACACGACCCCUACUGACUUUGGGGUCAAAGGUCAAGGUGCUGCGGGGGCAUUUGUCACCAUUAGUGACGGCUCUUGUUAGCUCACCUGUCACAAAGUGACAAGGUGAGCUUUUGUGAUCGCGCGGUGUCUGUCGUGCGUGCGUGCGUAAACUUUUCCUUGUGACAUCUCUAGAGGUCACAUUUUUCAUGGGAUCUUUAUGAAAAUGGGUCAGAAUGUUCAUCUUGGUAAAUUCUAGGUCGAAUUCGAAACUGGGUCACAUGCCAUCAAAAACUAGGUCAGUAGGUCUAAAAAUAGAAAAACCUUGUGACCUCUCUAGAGGCCAUAAUUUUCAAUGGAUCUUCAUGAAAAUUGGUCAGAAUGUUCACCUUGAUGAUAUCUAAGUCAAGUUCGAAACUGGGUCACGUGUGGUCUAAAACUAGGUCAGUAGGUCUAAAAAUAGAAAAACCUUGUGACCUCUCUAGAGGCCAUAUAUUUCAUAAAAUCUUCAUGAAAAUUGGUCAGAAUGUUUACCUUGAUGAUAUUUAGGUCAAGUUCGAAACUGGGUGAUGUGCCUUCAAAAACUAGGUCAGGAGGUCUAAAAAUAGAAAAACCUUGUGACCUCUCUAGAGGCCAUAUAUUUCAAAAGAUCUUCAUGAAAAUUGGUCAGAAUGUUCACCUUGAUGAUAUCUAGGUCAGGUUCGAAACUGGGUCACGUGCGUUCAAAAACUAGGUCAGUAGGUCUAAAAAUAGAAAAACCUUGUGACCUUUCUAGAGGCCAUAUAUUUCAUAAGAUCUUCAUGAAAAUUGGUCAGAACGUUUACCUUGAUGAUAUCUAGGUCAAGUUCAAAACUGGGUCACGUGCCAUCAACAACUAGGUCAGUAGGUCAAAUAAUAGAAAAACCUUGUGACCUCUCUAAAGGCCAUAUUUUUCAAUGGAUCUUCAUGAAAAUUGGUCUGAAUGUUCAUCUUGAUGAUAUCUAGGUCAAGUUCGAAACUGGGUCACGUGUGGUCAAAAACUAGGUCAGUAGUUCUAAAAAUAGAAAAACCUUGUGACCUCUCUAGAGGCCAUAUAUUUCAUAAAAUCUUCAUGAAAAUUGGUCAGAAUGUUCAUCUUGAUGAUAUCUAAGUCAGGUUCGAAAGUGGAUCACGUGCCCUCAAAAACUAGGUCAGUAGGUCAAAUAAUAGAAAAACCUUGUGACCUCUCUAGAGGCCAUAUUUUCCAUGGGAUCUGUAUGAUAGUUGGUCUGAAUGUUCAUCUUGAUGAUAUCUAGGUCAAGUUCGAAAGUGGGUCACGUGCCAUCAAAAACUAGGUCAGUAGGUCAAAUAAUAGAAAAACCUUGUGACCUCUCUAAAGGCCAUAUUUUUCAAUGGAUCUUCAUGAAAAUUGGUCUGAAUGUUCAUCUUGAUGAUAUCUAGGUCAAGUUCGAAACAGGGUCAUGUGCGAUCAAAAACUAGGUCAGUAGGUCUAAAAAUAGAAAAACCUUGUGACCUCUCUAGAGGCCAUACUUGUGAAUGGAUAUCCAUAAAAGUUGGUCAGAAUGUUCAUCUUGAUGAUAUCUAGGUUAGGUUCGAAAGUGGGUCACGUGCCAUCAAAAAGUAGGUCAGUAGGUCAAAUAAUGAAAAAACAUUGUGACCUCUCUAGAAGCCAUAUUAUUCAUGGGAUCUGUAUGAAAGUUGGUCUGAAUGUUUAUCUUGAUGAUAUUUAGGUCAAGUUUGAAACUGGGUCAACUGCGAUCAAAAACUAGGUCAGUAGGUCUUGAAAUAGAAAAACCUUGUGACCUCUCUAGAGGCCAUUCCCUUGAAUGGAUCUUCAAGAAAAUUGGUCAGAAUGUUCACCUUGAUGAUAUCUAGGUCAAGUUUGAAACUGGGUCACGUGCCUUAAAAAACUAGGUCAAUAGGUCAAAUAAUAGAAAAACCUUGUGACCUCUCUAGAGACCAUAUUUUUCAAUGGAUCUUCAUGAAAAUUGGUCAGAAUUUUUUUUAUCUUGAUAAUAUCUAGGUCAAGCUCAAAACUGGGUCACAUGAGCUCAAAAACUAGGUCACUAUGUCAAAUAAUAGAAAAAACGACGUCAUACUCGAAACUGGAUCAUGUGGGAAGAGGUGAGCGAUUCAGGACCAUCAUGGUCCUCUUGUUUUGAAUUACUUCCCUUUUAUGUUACUAUAAAUAGCUUUGAAACUUUUUUUAUUAUUGGCCGUAGGGAAAAAACGAGACCACUUUUCUGUGGUACAUCACGGAUGAUACCUCCAAUUUUUAGGUGUAUUUUGACAUACCUUUACCAGAUAAUGAUUUUUUUGUGGACUUGGAAUUUUUUUGGAAUUUCUUCCCUUUGUUGUUCCAGUCCUUUGGGUUUCACACUCUUUAAGUUCUUUAAAUUUUGCUCCCAUCUGAUGUAACCCUUUGGGCGUAUAAUGCCCCGCUUGGCCGAGCUCUUGUUACGUAAUGUUUUGUUUGUUACAGAGAAAUAUGGGUAUUAUCUAUUUAAUUAACUUAAGUAAUAUUAACCCAACUUUUUCAACUAAUCACAUGCCAGACAUUUUAAUUUUUUUUCAGUAUUUAUUCUUCUGUAGUACCCUCUAAUGGUAGUAAGAGGCUGAGUGUUUUAGAGCUGCAUAGUAAAAGUAAGGAAAACACUUAAACUUGGACAGAGGCUAUGGAGAGAAAUUUUCAGCAUUGAGAAACCAUGGUCAGUCACUAAACUCCCUCCUUUUCUGUUUCUUUACACUGAAGAUUUCAUUUUAUUGCCUCUACCCUAUAUCAGGAAAAUUCUAUGAAUACCAGCACAUGGACUUCACUUAUUAUGGAGCGAACAAUGAAAACAAUGUAUACAUUGCAUUUUAUUAUAAAAAAUUUAAUUUAUGCAAAAGAUGAAAUGUUCAAGAGGUAUCGUUAUUUAUAAAAUGUAUCACUGCAAAGUAUUUGUUAAUGUUUUACAUCAUGUAAAUAAUAAUUGUAAAUAUAAUUAUGAAACAUU